UCAACAUACCUCAGCAACAUGUCUUUUUCUACAAGAAGCAUUGGACCCCAGAAAUGGAUUCGCUGCUCGUCCAAACAAUUAUCCAGAAAAAAAAAGAAAUGCAGUGGGGAGAGAAAGUUGUACCAGACAUCUUGGUUGUGGGGUAACUCAGCCACCGUAGCUAUUCAAAAGGGAUUUGGUUGUGGGGUAACUUGGGCUGAGAUGUACGAGAGGUUCCGACAUCUUGAGAGCAGGUAUAAUUGCUUCACAGAAGUCAUCAAGAUCGAUGACACUUUCUGGAAAACUCAGUCAAAUGUUGUGGUAACUCCUAGCCAAGUGUGGCGAGAGAUUUUUAAGAAAAAUAAGCUAGCUGAGGCUUACUACCACAAUGGAGAACCCAUCUACGAUGAGCUUGUAACUCUUUUCGGUGAUGAGCAAGCGAAGGUUGAGGAAGAUGAGCAAACUUUAAUCAUCCUGUCGGACUCAAGUGAUAAAGCUCCUCUGCAUGCUCCAGUAAUCUCGCCGCUUCAAGCUUUGAGUGAAGAAGUGAACUCCCCUGUAUGGCCAGUUAAGGAGAAAGCACGACGCAAACUAUUCGAGGACCCCGAUCAUGUUAGUGAUCGAUGUUCGACCAAUGAAAAAGAAAUCAAAGCCAUCGGACUCCUGCAAUUGAAGCACUCAGAGGUUGCAUCUAAGCCAUACUAUUCACCCCAAGGAAGCUCGUGCGCAUCCUGCAGUCCUAUCGGGUGGAGGGCGAAUCUGGAUCCUUGAACCUUGUUGUAUGGUUUUUGUCUGCAUUUCAAGUAAGUGUGCUUUUACUUCUCUAUAGCUUAUCCUCUACUUAUGUUUUGUUUUUUGGCUAGUUGCUUGGAUGUGCUAUAUAUGUUAUUAACACUGCUUGGAUGUGUACUAUAUAUGUUAGAAAUGUAGUUUGGAUGUUAAUGAAUUAAUGUAGUUUGGA